AGGGCUGUUGAAAUUUCAUUUGUUGAUUGGUUCAUUCUUUUUUCCCUUCGGGCUGUGGGUUUCCUGGUGGCGUGGCGUGUUUUUUUUGUUUUUUGUUUACCCCACUUGGCAAGGUGAAAAGAAAAAGGGGAGAACAUGGCUUUCUUAAUGAAAAGUAUGUUGAGUAAUCAGGUGAAAAAUCUGGGGCUUUCUGGAGGGGGCGAAGAAAAGUCAGAAGAAGCAGCCCCUGCUGACCCAGCUGCAGCAGCAGGAAUGACCCGGGAAGAAUAUGAGGAAUAUCAAAAGCAGGUGAUAGAGGAGAAGAUUGAAAGAGACGCAGCUUAUGCACAAAAGAAGGCUGGACGAGCUGUUUUGCGGGUUCACUUGCGAGAGAAAUACAGACUUCCAAAGAGUGAAUUGGAUGAGACUCAGAUUCAGUUGGGUGGAGAUGACGUGGACUUGCCAGACGACCUCCAGAAGAUGGUAGCAGAGGAUCAAGAAGAAGAAGAAGACAAAGAUACUCUUUUAGGACAGCUUCAGAACAUCCAGAAUAUGGACGUGGAUGCUAUCAAAGAAAAAGUCCAAGCGACUUUCACUGAUAUUAAGCAGUCAGCUGAACAAAAAUGUUCUGUAAUGUAGUGAAGACAUUUCACAAGACCUAGGUACAAACGUCCAUAGAAGUGGAUGGCUAGUGGGACCACAGCAACAAUUGGUGCUGCUGCUUACUCAUCACACCUUCCCUCUUAAUGAAAAAUGGUGUUUUGUUUUCUUUUUUUCCAGAUAACAUUAAAAACGGCCAUUGAGGGAAGUCAUGAUGGUGAUAAUGUGAUUUCCAAUUUUGUAGAUUAUUAUUAUCCAUUUCUGUACCCCUUUGCUCACAUACGGUGUGUAGAACCAUUUGCAAAUAUUUUGCACCAGGGGUGGGUUCUAAAUUUUUUUACUACCUGUUCUGUGGGCGUGGCUUAUUUUGUGGGCGUGGCUUGAUGAUCAUGUGACAAUUCUUUAGGAUUUAGCAGAGGUACUGGUCUACCAGGCUUUUAACUGCUUGCAGAGCUGUACCGGUCUACCCAUUUAUUUUUGCAGGCACUGGUCUACUCAUGUAUUUUUGCAGGCACUGAUCUACUCAUGUAUUUUUGCAGGCACUGGUCUACUCAUUUGUUUUCUUUUAACACUGAUCAGCUGUAGGGCGGCUCUUUCAAGCCCCGUGGCAAGAGUUUAAACAGUUUUUUUCCCUCUAGCCAUCAGCUGGGACUCAGGAGGCAGCAAUAGAUUGGGGGUGAGGCCAAAUAAAAGAUAAGAAUAAUGCAGGGGGCGGGGGGGCGGGGAGCAGAACCGGUUCGGUGACAUCAUAUCGUCACCGCUACUGGCUCGGGAGAACUGGGCCAAACCGGGAGGAACCCACCACUGCUUUGCACUAAUAUGUAGCAGUUCAAGCAUCAAAUCCAGAAAGUACUUUUGUUACUUUGAUGCAAAUAAACAAGUAUCACAAUGAACAAAAUAUUCUUCAACAAGCACUCAAAGAUUGCAUUUUACUUAUAAGAUACAAGAACCGUUUUUCUGAGGGGUGUGUUGCAUCUUUGUGUGUCUGUGCUCACACACAUAUUUGUACACGUGUGUGUGUGUCUGUGUGUCUGUGUGUGGUUUUGUCUGUAUCUAUCCAUCCAUCUGUGACUAGGAACUAAAAGCAAUGAAAGUGAACUUAAUUAAAAUGAAGAAGGAAUAGACGGUGAAAAUUACUAUAUUGACAAGUACUGUAAUAAAAACAUUUUUUUCUUC